AUGGAUAAAUUACAUCAACAUAUUCUUAAAAUGUUACGGAAGAGUAUAGUGGCUGAUUUGGAUGUACAUAAUGGUAUUAUAAAGCCACUGCAAUCGGAAUACAUAUUAACAGAUCAACAUAUAAUAGAGAUUGAACAUGGUAUUUCCAAACAAGAAAAAGCUGAAAUUUUAUUAGAUAUACUUCCAAGUCGUGGUCCAUCUGCAUUUGAUACUUUUCGACAAGCUUUAAGACAUCACUAUGAAUGGUUAAGCGAAGAUAUGGACAAACUUGAAGAAAGUGGAAAGUCUUUUAGCGAUAUAAAGUAUGUGGGUACACCUACCCUUCCACCAAUUGCACCAUUGACAGUUGUAAGAGAACAAAAGAUGGAACAGUUACAAGAUUAUUUGAAAAAGUUAAAACCAAAUGAAUACAUUGUGCUCCAUGGUAUGAAAGGUUUUGGUAAAUCAUGCUUAACAGCUAGUACAUUAAAGGACAUUAAAUUUGUAAGAAAUGUAUUUUAUAAUGAAGUAUAUUGGAUCAAGUUUGGAUAUAAGCGUCCAGUUGAGGAAGAAAUAAUAAUUCAACUUAACAGAUUAUAUCAUCUUGUUAGAAAUUUGGAGAUACUAUCAGACUCGUUAAAGUCAGCACCUUUAAAAGAUUCAUUAAUCCAUUUCUUACAAAUCUACUUUAGUAGAGAAAAACAUUCUCAUGCUCUGUUAAUUUUGGAUGAUGUUUGUGAUAGUAAAAUAAUUGAAGAAUUUGACUUUGAAUGUAAAACAUUAGUAAUUACAGCUAAUCUUGAUGUUGUAUUGGAGAAAAGACCUCGCGUGGUUCCGAUGAAUGAUGGAUUUACUGAAGCAGAAACUUUAGGUCUUUUUGCUAAGGUGUUGGAUACAAAAGUAGAAGAUCUUCCACCAGAAGCAAAACGAAUCCACGAGGAGUGUAAAGGAAUGCCUUUAUUAAUUGCAAUGUUUUCUGCUCAAUUUGAGGAAUUUAAACAUGAUAUGAAAUUACGUUCAGAUAGAUGGAAAUAUUACUUAGAUUCAUUAAGAAAUAAGGAUGAAAAUAAUCGUGUAAUUAAAAGAUUUUGGGAAAAACAAGAAGCAAUUUUUAAUAUGUGUAUAGAACAGUUACCACUUGAAAUGAGAAAACAUUAUGAAGAAUUAGUCAUUUUUAGAGAAGACGUUAACAUAACACCGCAGACAUUGGAAAUUCUGUGGGAAGGUUGCCCAUUUCAAGUUGAAGAAAUGAUGCUUGACUUAUGCCAUAAGUCACUUGCAGCUAAACAAUGGAAUGAUGAAUUGCACAGUUACAUUUAUGGUGUACAUGAUUUAUUACUUUGCCAUCUUCGAAAGAAAUUUUCAAAAGAUGAAUUAAUAGAAAUGCAUAAAUCUUUGAUUGAAAAAUAUCGUAAAUACUGUAACGGUGAUUUCUCGAAAUUACCUGCAGAUAAUUACAGUUAUUCGUAUAUUGGAUAUCACUUGGAGCAAGCAAAAUUGUAUGACGAAUUCCCGAACAUAUAUUUAAAUUUCGAUUUCGUUCAAGAAGCCAUAGUACACAGUGGCUUAAAUAACUUAUUGAUUGACUUAAACAAUUAUAAAGAAUAUAUUACUAAAAAUUAUGACCCAGUAUAUGCAAAGCAUUUUGCUGAUUUGGAAAAAUUUCUAGAAGAACAUUCAAGUAUUAUAGCAGAACAUAGGCGUAAAAAGUGUUUGGAUAUAGUACAAAUUGCUAUGAGUCAUCCUUAUCAAGGAUAUGUUAAAGACACUGCGAUUGAACUUGCAAAAGAAAGGUCCAAAUAUUUGUAUGUAUUUCAUGACAAAAAAUUAGGACAGAUGGAUAUACCAUGGAGUGAAGAGAUGUCAACAGAAAUACAUACAUCAUGCUUUACAAGUGAUUCAAAUCUAAUUUUAAUCGGAAACGAAACAGGUGAAAUAUUUUUAUGGGAUAGCAUUUACAAAAGGCAACAGGUUUUUAGUGGACAUGACAGGAAUUCUCGUAUAAAAAAGAUUGUAAUAUCUAAUGAAGGAGAUUGUUUCUUGUCACUAGAUGAUCAUGGUGUAGUAAAACUUUUUAGACUUUUCGAUGAUGAAAAUUACGAAGAAAAUAAUAUUGCAAUAUUAAGUCCAAGACAAAAACAAUCUUUUUGGAGUGGAAUUUUUACAAGUAAAAUUCCACAUGAUGAUAGUUCAGUAGUGUUUUCAGUUCCUGAUGAAAUUAUAUUGGACAUGACAUUUGCACAUGAUAAUAGUUUUAUUGCAGCCUGUACAAACAAAGGGUUAAUAAGGAUUUGGGAUCGUCACGGAAAUGUAUUAUCAGAUUAUGAUCAUAAGCCCCAGUCUAAGCUUACAAAUAUAACAGUUACAAUGGGGAGUAAACUGCUCCAUGUUAUGGAUGAAAUGCACGGUGUUCUAAUAUCAUAUUGCAGAUAUGGCAAAGAAUAUCAAUAUAUGUCACAGUACAACCCAGAUUUACAGAAGAAAAAGAUUAUCUUUUUCCGCAGUGUGCCCGAGCAUAUGAAUAAUUCUUUAUUCAUUGUUACGGAAAAGAAAGCUAUAUAUGUCAAAUGGUUUAGAUUAAGCAAUAACCAUAUGCAUAGUUACAAUAAGCAAAUAAGAGCAAUCGUUGAAAAUGAAAAAACUGUUUAUGUUUGUGCCAGUUUAACUAAUGAUGGCCAGUAUAUAGUUUUGGCUGAUUCUAGUGGUUUUAUAAAUAUAUGGAAUGCUGAUAUUGGACUUCAACCAAUAGCUACUUAUAAAAGUCGUGUCUCUUCCUUGGACACGUAUUGGUUAAAAGAAGAAGGAUAUCACAUUAUUUGUGGUAGUGAAAACCGAUUACUUCAUAAAUGGAAUCUUCCAGUAGAAGGAACUGGUACAUUAAUAAGAAAACCAUUGUUUGAUGCAGAAGUGCAGAAUUUUGGUGGUGCUCCUGAUACUAUUAUUACAGAAACGCUUUCAAACACUAUCAUUGCAUUAGUUGGUGAUGAUAAAGUCGCAGAAACUGAACCAAUCGAUGGAAAAAUAAAUAAUUUAAUUCUUAGCACAGAGAAAAUAAUUUAUGUUACUGAUAAAGGCAUUGUCAAUAUAUUUAAUAUAAAAAGUAAAGAAAAUAUAUGUAUAUUAAAUUUUCCAUCUGACGUGGAAUUAGUGAAAAUUUUAAAUCUAAAAACGGAUGUGGUCAGUAAUGAUAUACUCGUUUGUAGAGGGACGGACGAUAACUUAAGGGUGUGGGAAAAUAUAGAACUAAUAUAUUUAAUACAAGAUGCUGGAUAUGUCAUUGCAAUUCAUAAGGUAGAUCAAAAAUGUGUAGUAACAGUAACUCGAAAUGGUAUAAUAACAGUUUGGAAUAUCAAUGGCAAAGAUUGGUUACGGGUGGACAGAGUAACAGUUGGGAGUUCAGAGACAGUUAGUACUUUCAGUUGCUUAAGUUAUCAAAGAAGUUUCUUAACUGUGUUAAAUGAAAAUGGUGAUGUGGUUUUAUAUAAAUUACAAAAAAAUACAAUAUCAGUACCAGCAUGUAUUAAAAUAACAGAAUAUUUUAGAAAAAAAUAUACCCAUAAAUUGACAUGUUGUGAAAUUUCACAAAAUGAAAAAUAUUUAGCUAUAGGUUUUGAAAAUGGAGAUAUUUCUAUUAUUGAUACAUCAGUACUAGAAGAGAUACGUAAAUUAUGCUUUCAUAUAAGUUCCAUUACCCAGCUAUAUUGGGCUCCAUCUGUAAUCGAAGUCCCAAUUUUGCUUUCUGUAAGUUCUGAUGAACUAGUUUGGUGGAAUAUUGCUUUAGCUCUAUAUGUGAACAAGCCAAAAAGGAGAUCACGAAUUGGAAUGAAUCGAAGCAUUAGUAUACCUUCUGUCGAUAAAACAAUAAAUGUUCCCACUCAUAUGUCUACUAGUCAGAGCAUAGAUUCGUGUAUCUACAGUUUCCAAGAUCUGUUAGAAGGUAAAAAUACCAAGAGUGAUAUAGAUAAGCAAAUUAAGUUUUGGAAAUCCAAAGAGGGUAAGGAUCCCAAACGACCAGCAUUAUUAGCUGUUGUCGAGUUACCUUCGAACUUUCUUACUAAAGUAUGCAUAUCUACCGAUUUUACAAAGUUUGUUACAGUUGAUAUAUAUGGGUCUAUUAGUACUUUCACGUUAUGUGGGUAUAAUUAA